AUGACUUCAUCACCGGUUCAUUCGGACACCAAGACACAAACUCCAUCCGUAUCGAUAAGCGCCAACGACUGCCAAGUCCACGGACAGUCUGAGACGCCUCACCUCAACAAGCUUCUCCAAAACCGCCCCAAGGCCGAGCUCCAAGGUCUUGCCGACGCCGUUGACAGCCUGACGCACGGCGAUCAAUGUGCCAAAUGCGCGGUCCAAGCCGCAGUCACAAUCGUGACCGGCUUUCUUCAAGAAUUGUACACGGCUAAAAAGACCGGGAAGAUCUCAAGGGAGGACAAGAGAGCGCUCAAAUCGGAAGUCAAGGGAUUGGUGAAAGGGAUAAAAGGGGAUGUCAAGGCUCGGAAGAAAGAGAUCAAGGGCCAGUGA